AUGAACAAAACGAAGAAGCUGGUGGCUUCAAUCUCAACCCUUUUACGAAGACGAACCUAUUAUCCAUCGACUUUCCGGUGCAAUCCACUCGCAACGGUUGCGGUUAGUUCACAGACCUACUCGAGUCGCGAAUCUCUGCAACCAUCUUCAGCUAAACCCCUGCCGAUUUUCCAAUUUUCCGGGAGAGAUUUUUUCUCGGAAUCUCGCGACAAGAGAAGCUCGGUUUGCUGGAACUGUGGUUCCUCGUCUGCGUUUUUGUUCUGUGAGUCAUGCCGCAGCAUUCAACCUGUUGAUCAUUCCGUCGAUUACUUUCAGAUUUUUGGCCUGGAGAAGAAGUAUGAGUUAGAUCCUGGAAGCCUCGAAGGCAAGUACAAAGACUGGCAAAAGAAGCUACAUCCUGAUUUAGUUCACAAUAAAUCACAGAAAGAAAGAGAUUACGCAGCUGAGCAGUCUGCAAAGGUGACUGAAGCAAUGCGGACAUUAAACAAGCGGCUCUCCAGAGCAAUGUAUAUCAUGAAGCUGAGUGGCAUUCAUGUCAAUGAAGAAGAAACAAUAACAGAUCCAACGUUGUUAAUGGAGAUUAUGGAACUCAGAGAGGCCAUAGCAGAAGCAAAUGAAACAAAAGAGUUGCACCAGAUCCGAUCCCAGGUACAAGAGAAACUGAAGCAGUGGUCUGACUCUUUUGACGAAGCAUUUGGAAGCCAGAGGUUUGAUGAAGCUGUUAAAUGCAUACAGAGAAUGACUUAUUAUGAGCGAGCCUGUGAAGAAAUCGUGAAGAAGCUAUGA